GUCCUGGGAAAGCAAGAACCCCACUCAGGAUGUGAGGAAAAGUGGUCUCCAGCUCUCUCGAUGGGCGACAGCAGGCGCCGCCUUUGACGUCGCCAGCCUCGGUUGCGGAGUGCAUGGACGCGCCCUGCGCCGCGCCGGCCCCGACAGUGCCCGCCGUGCCCGAGAGCCCCAGGAGGACGAUUGGGGAAAAGGUCACGGGACGAAAUUGCCGCCGCGAAGGAGGCGCACACCAAGCGUAAUAUGACUGAGGCUUCACAAUUGCUGGAAUCUUAUUUCAUUGUCGACGAGCUCGAGUCCUGGAGGCGCGAGUGGAUUUGCAGUCAUUGCAAGGAGUUCGCCGGCAAGCAGUUCGCAGCGUUUGCAACGCAACGCCCGCUGCAUCGCUGCAUGGGGAUUUCUGAGAAUGGCGAUCGCCCCUCCUGCAAACCACGUGUCUCCGCCUCAGCUCCCUUGUCCGCUCGGCCCAGGGUUUGCGAGUUGCACGGCCACCCUCCGCUGCCCGAUUCUCUCCAGGCGGCGCCGACCCAGUCGGGAGAUGCCCAGAAGCAGUUGAUGUUCCCGGCGGUCCUGGAGCCGUCGCUGCACGAGAACCUGCACGGGAGCGUGGAUCAGUGCAGUAAUGUUAAGUCGGGCCCUAUCUUUCUAGAGGAGGAAUGUUCAAACAUAGUCAAACAAUAGUUUUG